CCUGCAAAAGUUAGUAAUGCAAUCGACAGUAUCUUCUUGCGGCAAUCACUUACUGAUUAAUCAGUAUGGCAUUUCGAAUGGCGAAUGUUUUAAUGAAGUGUCGCGACAGUUGGUCGUACGAUAGCGUGUAGUGUUCGCAUUACAUGUAAACACACAAGUUGGUCAUCAUUAGCAGGAUCUGUUAAUUGGAGGAGCCCACUUGGAUUUGUAGCCAUCGACAAUGGCCCCGAGAAUUCCCCCGUGGAACAGCGUGGACGUGCUGGGCGACGACGGCCUCAUGCGUUAUGGACAUGUGGUGGACGUGGCGGACGAAGGUCUUUGCAUUGACUUCCUGUGCCCCAAUCGCCGAGGGGUGUUCGUCCCUUUGACCGGGUUUUCCUUCGUGAUGACGAACAGUACCGCGACGUUUUGUCCCGGAUAAAUGCCCAAUCAGGCCGGCCCAAAGAAGUCCUGGUGCGUGACAGUGCAUCUGGUGCGUGGACGUGGUUUCCGGCGGAACUUGUCGGUUACGCCUGUCUGGCCAUUGUCCACCGCGGAACACCGCAGGAGUUUGUGGAUGUGGUUCCCAUGACUCGUAUCCGCUGGAAAGUGUCCAAUGGUGGACGAAUACAGAUCGGGAACAAGUAUCGUAAAUCAGCCGUGGAUUUACCGAAGAACGGUGUCGAGAAGUGGACGUUCGUUAAGCGCACUAUACGGCUGCCGGAAAGUCAUCCCGGGACGGUGACAACAGCACGUCUGCAGCAGCGUUUUACAGGGAUGACCAACCGUCACCAGUAUUAUGCCCGUGCGGUGUGUGUGGGCGUUGUGGAUCGCUGUUUGGUGUACAUUCAGCGCCGAUCCGAUGCUGGAGCUGAGCCCGACGACAAUCGUAUGACAUCCGAACUGAGAAAUCUUAGGAGGUUUCACAAGGCGCUACUGGGACCCAUUAAGCGAAAGCCGUUAGUUCAGAUUGCCGCUGUAAAUGUACUGGCUCUCUUGCCGACGGAAUUGUGGACGGAAGUUUUCUCCAACCUGGGCACUGUAUCGCAGACCCGAUUGCGCCCUGUGUGUGCAACGUGGGACGCCAUUCUGAGUUCAGCCUGUUUAACGGCCAACGUUGUUUUCGACACAGCGGCAUUCAGUGAGGCAGACCGGAAGGGAUAUCUUUCAUCGAAGUAUUUUUUGGUUUCAGUUCUCUUCAAGUGCCUCUCUUCGUCCACGCAGCACGUUGCUGUGGUUGACCAAGAAAACCGGACGCGGAGAAUGCAUAUUCUAGAAGUGUGCGGUAUUUUUAACUACUUGACAGCGCAGCACAUUCCCGGAUUAAGUUGAAAUGCAUCCAUUUGGUCGGAUUGCAGUGCUGUUUGCAAUGGUGCAGGUGUGACAUUCACCAGAAAUCCGAAUGCCCGCGUCAUCAGCCCAGCAGUACAGAAUUUACAAAAACCAUCCGGGCAUGUCGCAGUCUUCCCUGUGAGAAUAUCCAGCUCACUGAAAGCAUUCUGAAAUGCCAGGUUUCCUGUACGGGAAGCAUUUCAUUGACUUGCGGCUCUGUCUCCUAUAAUCGAAUCGACCGACAAAGGUUUAAUGGCGAUCUGGGCGGCGCGCUGUGGAGCGCCUUGGAAUCAGGACUCGCGAAGCCAACUGACAUGGAAUUAUCUCGCCUGGCCGAAUGGUUAUGCCCACUCCAGGCACACGACCUCUUAAUGGGUCGCGCUGAAAACUAUUCGACCAUGGUCUGCAAGACGUUGUGUGUGAUGCAGACGGCGGAUCCACGUCCUUCGCUGCAUUAUCGCCGUAAGAAGUGGUGCGUAGACGGUCUGCGGGAUCUGAAGCUGGAGAAACUGUCACGGGUGGCGCUGUGUUUCCUCAUUAAACUGAUGAAGGCCGUGCCCAAGUAGUUGUUAACUUUGCUCUGCCUGCGACAUGCUGUCCUUCCGCACUCCGUGUUAUUGGAUUAACCUGCGAAUAGCAAAAAUGUGCCUGUGGUCUAAAAUUUGAUCUGUCGCUGACUUUCCUCUUAUUUCGUUGUGCCUUUUCUACAGUGUGUUGUUAUCAGCAGCAGAUCCAAACUUGUGUGUUAGUCGGCAAAAGAUGUCGCUCUUUCUAACGUUUUCGUGAGAAAUCUGUCCUUGUCAGCUUGCUUUGCAACAAGUUACAGUACCUUCAGUAUCCAAGUUUGAUUGUAAAAUUGUUGUCAGUUGUCACUAUGUACCUGUUUAUUUCUUCC